AUGAAGAUAGUUAUACAACGAGUAAUAAGCGCUGAAUUUAUAAGCAAAAACGAGUUAGUUUCUAAAAUCGGUAAUGGAAUUUAUGUACUCGUCGGUGCUGAACAGGGAGAUACAAUGGAAGACGUAGACUAUGUUGCGAAAAAGAUUCUAAACUGUAAAUUUUUCAACGACUCUGAACUAGGUUUUCCCGACGAUUCGAGCCACCGCUGGAAAAAAUCUGUCAAGGAACGCGGUCUUGAAAUUCUUAUUGCGACAAAUUUCACAUUACCAUCGAGUUUGAAAAAGGGAACUAAACCCAGCUUGUGUUUAGCGCUAGAUCCCGAACAAGCCAGGUACUACGAAAUUAAAGUUCCAGGUCUGGACUAA